UCUAUGGGUUCAGGGGACCCCCUCACAUCCCAGUCCCUGAUCAGGGGGAGCGGGCAGCACAGCCUUGGUGAGAAUGGAUAAGCAUGGCGUGAAGACGCCCUUGUGGAAGAAGGACCUGGAGGAGCCCGGGGCCAAGGAGGCGGAGCAGGAGGAAGCGCAGGAGGAGUCGGAGGACGGGGACGAGGACGAAGAGAGGCCGCCGCAGGAGGGCGCGGAGGGGGACCCCGAGCCGCGCCCGGAGGCGGAGGAGGGCGAGGGCCGCGAGCGGCGCUGCGCCAGCUACUGCCCGCUGCGCCAGGAGUCCAGCACGCAGCAGGUGGCGCUGCUGCGGCGCGCGGACAGCGGCUUCUGGGGCUGGCUCAGCCCGUUGGCGCUGCUGGGCGGCCUGGGGGUGCCCGCGGACAGGAAGCGGAGCCUCCCGGAGGAGCAGUGCGUGCUGGAGACGCGGCGGCGACCGCCCCGCCGAGGGUGCUGCGCGCGCUGCGAGAUCCUUUUUUGCAAGAAAUGCGGGAACCUGCACAGCCCCCCGGCCUACGUGGCGCACUGCGUUCUGGAUCACCCGGAUCUGGCCUGAAAGGGCCUGUGUCUUGGAUGAGGGAAUGGAGUCUCAGCAAGCAAGGUGACAUGACCCAGGUGACACAGGUGAGACUUGAGCCCAGGGCUGCUAGCUGUAGGGAUGCUGCUCUCUAUGUUUCACCAGCACCUCCUGAGCUCACACCUCUCCUCUCUUCUAUUUUACGCUUCCCCUCUGUUUCCCAGAACCACAGGGGGACACAGAACAUGUGGACACCAAGGACAUCUUGACCCCAGAGCCGGGACCCCAUUACUGACUCCUUGCCUUACCAGGCAUGUCCACAGGCAGUGCUGAGGACCCAGAGUGACUAGACAUGUACACAAAGUGGAAUUGGAUUGGCAAACACUGAGGGGAACUGCCCACAAUUUCCUGACGGAUUAGCUGGGAAAUGAAAACAAACUUCUGUCCUGUUCAUAACGAGUAUUAUCGGUAAAAGUAGUUAACACAAAUUAAAAAGUGGCAACGGCCCAAAUGGCUCACGGUAAAAUUAAUUAUAGAUGAAAACCUAACUGAAAAACCCUAUCUUGCUAGAUAUCUUGAAAACCAUAAAAAUUGGUCAGAGAAAAUUAGACUUAGUAAAAGCAAUCAUGUUGCUAAAAGUACAUAGAGUAAAAUGUGCUAUUUGUGAAAAAUUGACAGAAGCAUCAAAUCUUCAUAAACCUUAGAUCUACAUCAUUUAACCCUGAAAUAUUGGAUUUGGCGAGAAGAAGAAGAAGUGAGGGAGGAGGAGGAGGAGAACAAAGAAACAAAACAGGCCGGGCGCGGUGGCUCAAGCCUGU